AUGUUGAAUAAUGAUAAUAAAUCCAUCAUCAUAAAUAUUAUAUCCAAAAGCAGGUCUUAUCCUGAUAAGUGGUUAAUACAAAAUAAGAAGAAUCACCGUGCAACAAGGAAUUGUAUUGACGAACUGAACAAGUAUAAUAUAUUACCAGAUGAGGUAACAUUACAAAUAAGUAAACUAAAGCAAUCUGAAAUUAUUUUACCUUUUAAACAUUAUUGUAAGCAACAAGACAGAGAUCGAUUCAAACGACGUUUAUCUAUCAGUAUUUAUGAUAAAUAUAAAAUUGUAAGCACUGAUCUGCAAAAGCGUUUACAUGUAAAUGACCCUGUGUAUGAUGUUUAUUCGGUGGUUGACGUAGAUGCAGACUAUUAUAAGUACUCAAAAGGCCGACCACUGCAGUCUCGUAAUCCAGUUUAUAAGUAUUUUAAAGAUUCUAUAAAUCAAAUACUACAAUUAAAACUACAGAUCGGACUAAAGAAGGAUUGUAAUUUAAAUAAAGAAAUUAACUAUCGUAAUGAACUUGAUACCUAUUCUUUAUCUGUAAAAAGCCUAACUGAUCAAGCGAAAUAUUUCGAUGCAUUUAUAUCGGAGGAUUAUGAAAAAUCUAUUGACUUUUUAUAUAAAUGGGAUAAAGUUAAAUUUCAAGUAGAUUUGAAAAACAAGGAGUUACAGAAUUUAGCGAUUCAAAAAUUUACACUAAAGUCUAGGCUUAUUGGCUUAGAAUAUAAGUUCAGUAUUCAGCUUAAAUACGGCAGAUUUUUGUAUUAUAUUUCGCCGCCAAUAUGGCGUCUUAAUAACAGAGAAUUUGCCAAAUCUGUUGAAAUCGAAGCAAAAGGAUUUGACUAUGGAAAUUCACACGAUGACGAUACAUUUCCAAUAAUAUUUGAGAAAUUGCGUCAAAUAUGCUUCAGCAAUCAAAUCAAACCGGUACUCUAUUUUACGCAGCCUAAAGAUUUAAUGGGAGUUUUUAAUGCUUUGGAAAAACAGCAGCUUCUCUAUUAUACACAUGUAAAUCAUUUAACUCCACUCGCAAAAAUACUCAAAGAAGAAAUAAAGUCACUUAAGGAGGUUAUUUCCCAAGAGUAUGCAGUAGUUGCUAAUUUAAUAAAGAAUUACGAAAAUCUGUUAACAUUUAGCAAAGAUAGAAGUACUGAAUUGGAGCUUAAAUUCUAUAAAAUACUAUUUGGAUCGUUCUACAAUAGUGUCGGUGAUCCGGAUAUCUUAAAAUUAAUUUUACAUUUAGAGUUUUGUUAUGAAAAAGUAUUUCUAGAGAAACCAAUUAAUGCAGACAUAACUGUUUUGGCAAAGUCUAUAGAAAUGUUCUGGAUGGAUUAUUCAAAACGAUUAGAUGAGAUACAGAAUAAUACUGUUAGAAGUGCUAUGUUAAAAUGCGUAGAGGCAGAACGAUCAAAAGCUGAACAAUCAAAACAUGCAGCUCAUGAAUUACGUUUGUUUCAUAGAUUAGAGCAAGAACUUCUCAAGGCUUAUGGAAUGGAUGGCGGAAAUAUGUACAAACCGAUAAAAAAAAGAUCCUAUAGUAACCAAAUUAAACGACGCAUUUCUUCACGUAAGCCUAUGACUGCACCAAAGGAAAGAAAACCUUUAACAGAAGUUGAGAUGGAGUUUUUGUUGCUUUUUACUGACUGGACCGAGACUGAAGAUCCAACUUAUUAUCUCCAAAGUCUCACCAGCGAUGACCACAAAGAUGACGAUAAACUUAAUUUUUGAAGCUUUUGAUAAAAUAAAAUACUCAAUAUAUA